CGCGGGCCGACUCCUGGUUGGGGGUGGAGAGGAGUCUGGCAUACAUCUCGACUUCCGCUUGUUCUCCUGGAAUGCGGAAGUCACGUGGGCUUGCUAAACCACGCAGCGGAAGUCAUGUGAAUAACGGUUACGCCCCAGUCACACGUGCUUCAACGUGAGUGAGUAAGAUGGAAUGUCUGGGCUGUGGUAAACUUACUGUCCUUGGAGAUCGACGUGUUCUUGGUAAUUCUCCUGCUAUUUUUUCAACUUGGAAGUACCUGCUGCUAACAGAUGAAGGAAUAGACGAGUCUCAUAUUGCUAGCACAAUUAAAACACACAUCUUUAUGUGUAAAAAGUGUCACAAGAAUUAUGAGAAAUUAGUAUCACUCCAUGGCAGCAUAAAAGAGUCUCUCAGUAUUGUAAAAUCAGCUGUUCUUGGCAUUGACUCAGGCACGAACACUACAGCUGAAGUUUCUCAAACACUUAAUGCAUCUGGGAAGAGAACUCUCUCUCACUCAACUGCAGCUGCAGUUGUACCUUUGGCAGCAAAGAUGCCUAGAACUGAUUCAGAAGCAGAGGAACCAAGGAAGCAGACAGUUGUUGUUACAGUUUGUGAUGAUGAAAGAACAAAGACAUCAGUUAUGACCCCUUCACGUGCUGCUGAUGUAAAGUCAUCCGCAAGAGGUAGUUGGCGAGCUAUUGUUAAUAGAAGCAUGAAGGAUCCUUUAAGAAAAGGCUACAUUUUAAAGUGUGUUACCACACUUUUGAAAUAUGAACUUAAGAAGUUUUGUUCCAAAAGCCGACCUUUAUUAACAGGCCAUCGCCCACAGCAGUUGAAGAAUUUUAAGUGGAUAAGCAUUGUUAAUAAUGCAAAGAUGUAUAUGCCGGCACUUUUGAAGAUUUUGCGAGAAUGUUUAAAGACUAAAACUAAGAGAGAGAAUGAAACAUCUGUGAUUGGCAUGAUUAUUUCCAUUAUAGCAAAGCAAAGAGUACCUCAGUUGUGCUUGCCACAAAAAGUUAUAUCACUUUUGCUGUAUUCUGGACAUUGCUCAAAGAAGGUGCUCAACCGAUUAAACAAACCCAAUAUUUGUGUGUCUCAUUACACUACUGUGAGAACACUAGUACAACUUGGUUCUGACCACGACCGCAGACUUAGGCAGUGGAGAGAUGAGUUAGCUACAGGCAUGUGCUUACGUAGUGAUGAUAAUUGUGAGAGCAAUGUGGAUGACAGUAACUUCCCUGUAUUGGAACACAACCCUUUUGACUUGGUAACUGAUGAUUCAGAUGGUGAAGAUGAAAAUGAUAACACUCUGAAAGAUACGUCUCAAAGUGAAGCUGCAACAUCUGUGACAUCGUCAGCUGAUGAGAGACUGUCUGUCCAAAUGAUGUCAGAGUCAAGUGAUGAGGGCUCGCCAGUUCCACCAGCAUAUUCUGAUAUUUCCGUUGACGAGGAAAGUGACAUAGAAGCAAAUGAAGCUGAUGAAGAUACUGAUGAAGAAGGACAUUUUGAGGAUGUAUUUGGUUUUAAAAUAGUAGGAGACAACAUUGACAAGAAUGUGAGACCGAGACAUAAUCGGGAGGAUAGGAAAACCAUUUCCAUGCAUUACUAUCACUCUUAUGCAGUAUGUGAUAGAGCUAGCAUUUAUGGACUAUCCGAUGACAUCCCUAAUUUAAGAAACACCAAUCUGCUGUCGAUACCUGUCAAUGAAGUUCUUCCUUCUUCAGCAGAUGAUCAAAUUCUCAAACAUAAUUUCACUGUACUUAUUUCCCGCAUUCUUGUGCAACACCUACAAUUUUUUGCUGACAACUACAAUGAUGUGGUUGAUAGGCAUAUCAAGCACAUUUACUAUAAAGAAAUGAGUGGCAAAUCUGAUGUAGUUCCUUUAGGAAUUGAGCUCUAUAAUGAGGCGAAUCAUGAUGACAUGCUGGCAAUAUUGGAGAGGUUAGAUGAUUAUACACCUAAAUGUGAUGAUCAAGUCCAAAGUAUUUUACUGGGAGGUGACCAGAUGUCGUGCGCCAUGGCUAGACGAGUCAUUGCCGAUAGGAAAAACUCUAGAACUGAUUCUCAGUGUUUGAAAGGUAUCAUUCCAGUUGUAGAAGAUUGGCACAGCAAGCUUUGUUUCUUAACUGCCUGUUUCAAACUACUGUAUAAAGAGUCAUCAGUUAGUGAAAAGGGAACACUUAUCCAAUUGAAGAUCUUGCUAGGCCAUAAUCGUGUCACCUUUUCCCAGCAGAAGAUCACAAAUUUUGAUGCAUGUGACGAUUUUUUUAAGAUAGUUCUAUCAUCUCAUGUCGUAACUGCUGCAAUGGAGCUACUUAACAUGAAGAAUUUUGAAGAUACGCCAGCUAAUGAUGAAUUGUUUCCAGCAGAGGCAUGGCUUGAGGGCACUGAAACAAGAAAAGAUGUACUGUACCGUUUUUCUUCACAAAUAGUUAAGAGAUUUGUUGACGUUGACACAAGCUUUGAUGUAAGGGAAUCUCCAAGUAAUAAUGAAGACAAAGUACUUGCAUAUUCAAAGUUGUUGAUGUCACUGGGUAUGAUCUAUUUGGAGUAUUGUGAUGGCAUAAAGGAAGGGGAUGGUAUGAGAGUGCUACGGUGUUGGCGAUAUAUGCUGUUGAUCUUCAAGGCUACUGGUAGAACUAACUAUUCUAUUGAGGCUUUUAAUAUGCUAGCCCAGUAUCACUUCCUCCUCUCGAACAGGCAGAAGCAUCAGUUAAUUUGGGGUAGGUUCAUUAAUGUUCAUGGAUUACCUGCCAGGAAUAUCCCAUGUGACCUCUACAUGGAACAUUUAAACAGAGUAGUCAAAGAGGCAUUGAAAGGGCUUGGAGCAAACAAAACUGAAAAAGCAAUGGUAUAUGUAGGAAAAGCUGUUGGAGCACUUGAUUCAGUUCACAAAAAUUACGACUAUGACAAUUGCAUUAAUGAAGGGUCAGGAAGUCACAGAGCAGCAUCAUUUUCAAAGGAAUUAAGAAAGGUUGUCAAAGUCUUACUCAAUGAGAAGGCAUUACAAUUGACACUAAACAGGACUCAUAAGUCUUUUGAGGGAAUUGUUAGCAAUCCAAUGUCACACAUAGACUUUGAAAACUUAUUGGAUUGGAUGUACCAGCAUUUGAAUUUAUUAAUUCAUGGUUUUUAGGUCAUUAAUACUCAACCUUUAAUCACUUUAAAUAGUAUUAGUUAUAAUAUAUUA